AUGGUAUCCCUUUAUGUCAUUGCCUUAUGGACAUCUUAUGUGCCCUCUGUUUUCAGACCCAACAAAGUGUGUCUCAAAUUGCUAGAAGAUAAUGCAUCUGAGACACUGAUCGACUUGGAUGCUUUAUCAGGCCUUGCGGAGAUAAGCUUGGAGGUCGAGGAAGGAUCUGGAGUCAAAUAUAUUACAAAGCUUGGGGUUUCCACGGGACCACCUUUGAGUAGAGUGGUUAUACCAUCACAAGUAGUAACUAUGGUCCCAAGACAUGUUGUAGUUAAUGAGUCAGAACAACUUAUCAUAGUUCGUCAAUGUUAUUUACAGGAUGACUCAGUAGGCAUGAUCCCCAUAAACAGCAAGCAGAGGGCAACUCUACAGCUGCAGGAUGGCAUGAACAAGAAGAGAGAUUUCAGUUUAUUUGAGCACAUUAUGAAAAAGCACAGAAAAGUUAAUGAUGAUUCACUAAUAUAUCUUCAGUUUCAAUUGAAUGAGUCUAAAUUAAGUUGGUCAGGGCCCGUAUGCAUUGCAUCACUAGGAAGAUUUUUCCUCAAAUUCAAAAAGCCUCAUAUGGACCAAGUGACAGCACUAGAAAGCAGUGUAACAGAAUUCGCUGCUGUUCAUGUUGUGGAAGAAGGUUCUACUCUUGUUUUACGCUUCCAUAAACCUCCAAAUGUCAGUCUACCAUAUCGGAUUGAGAAUUGCUUGCAUGAUGUAUCUAUAACUUACUACCAGAAGGAUUCAUUGGAGCCAGAGAUUCUUGGAUCUGAAAGUGGUACUGAUUAUGUUUGGGAUGAUUUGACUCUUCCGCAUAAGUUGGUUGUCAGAAUUAAUGGUAGCAGUUAA